ACUGGUUGGGCCAUCACUAAUUGAAUUGUCAAAUAGCAAGAAGAGAGAAAAUGUUUCUCCGGUCGCUCCUGUUAGUUUUACCAUUGUUGGUAUUAAAAGCCAGUGGCCAAGGAAAUCCUAGUGCCACACCGGGACAUGUUGGAGUUCAUCGAAGAUUUGAAUACAAGUAUUCAUUUAAACCGCCAUAUUUGGCUCAAAAAGAUGGAACAGUGCCCUUCUGGGAGUACGGUGGCAAUGCUAUUGCAAGCUCGGAGAGUGUUCGCGUAGCUCCAUCACUGCGUUCACAGAAGGGUGCCAUCUGGACCAAGAGUGUAACGAAUUUCGACUGGUGGGAAGUGGAAAUUGUAUUCCGUGUCAAUGGUCGAGGUCGUAUUGGCGCCGAUGGUUUGGCCUUCUGGUACACCACACAAAAGGGUGAUUACAAUGGAGCCGUCUUUGGCUCCUCCGACCGCUGGAAUGGUCUUGGUAUCUUCUUCGAUUCCUUCGACAAUGACAAUAAACAUAACAAUCCCUAUAUUAUGGCUGUACUCAAUGAUGGUACGAAACAAUUCGAUCAUGCUAAUGAUGGUACUACACAGCUAUUGUCGGGUUGUUUGCGUGAUUUCCGUAACAAACCCUUCCCGACUCGAGCUCGCAUUGAAUACUACAACAAUGUGUUGACCGUACUCUUCCACAAUGGCAUGACCAACAACAAUGACGAUUAUGAGAUGUGUUUGCGUGCUGAUGGUGUGCAGUUACCCAAAAAUGGUUACUUUGGUCUGUCGGCAGCUACUGGCGGUUUGGCUGAUGAUCAUGAUGUCUUCCAUUUCUUGACGACUUCAUUGCAUCCAGCGGGCCAGAUAGUAGAAAACAAAGUACCACAGGAUAAUGAAAAGCUCUCACAGGAAUACAAAGAGUAUCAGGAAAAGUUGGAAAAACAAAAGCAAGAAUACAAAAAGGAACAUCCUGAAGAGAAAGAGGAUGAAGAAUGGGAUGAAUUCUACGAAUCGGAAAAUCAACGUGAAUUACGACAAAUUUGGCAAGGACAAAGUCAAAUUUUCGAACAUAUUCGAGAACUGUCACGAAAAAUGGAUGAGGUAAUUGGCAGACAAGAGAACACAUUAUCCUUGGUAUCACGUGGAAUGGGUGCUGCUGCUGGUGUGGCUCAACCACCCGCAGCUGGUGGAGCUGCACCGCCUCCUCAAAUUGGUGUUAGCGGUUCAAUUUCAAGAGCUGAAGUCGAUCUAAUGGUGGCAAAUCAAAAUAAUCUUCUGGCUACGGCCCGUGAGCUACGUUCUCUCAUUGGCGAUAUUCACAGCAGAACAGAUUCCAUUUUACAAACUCAACAACGUGCUCCAAGUGGUGGCCAUGCAGCGGGCUAUGACAUACAGGCUGUCAUAUCCGAAAUGAGAGAUGGCAUGAAUCAAGUAAAACAGGGAAUUACCCAUGUGGGACAAAAAUUGGGUGCAUCACCCCAGGCUCAAACAGCUUGUCCCACUGGCAAUUGCGUGGGGGUUACAUUGUUCCUUAGCGUAACAGUAGUGCAACUCUUAUUAGUCUUCCUUUAUACUGUAUUCAAGAGCAGAAGUGAGGCGCAAGCUAAAAAAUUCUAUUAGGACUAUGAAUAAAUGUUGCUAAGAAAAAACAAUGUGUUAAAUAUUAAUGAUGACCGACAAAGAGAGCGAAAUAGCUAGACAAAGAGAAUGUGUGUGCAAUUACAGUUGGCUAUCGUUAAUAUGUGUAUUGGUUUUGUAAAUUGGUUUACAUUUCGCUGUCAAAUCACCUUAAAUUAUUGUACCAUUGCAAUAGAAUCAAUAGAAAGAAGCCAAUCCAUAUCAUUCUGUUUUCAACAUACAUUUGUAUACCGCCCAACAAUAACAUAGACUGAUUAGUCCUUAUCUAAGUCUACAUAUUUGGCCUAAAGAGAAACGCACGGAAGCGGCCAACACAUCAUCCACUUCAAGUCAACAUGUCUGAAAAUCUGUUCUCCCUGUUCAAAUAUCCCAAAGCCACAUGGAAAUCCACAUGAACAUGCAUAAUGUUGUUUCAAUCCUUCUUUUUUUAUUUUUACUUUUAUUUUAAUUUUAGCGCCACUUUCACCGGUAUUCACAAAACUUAAUAUACAGACUCCAAAUAGGUUUAUUUGACGGAUUUCCUUUAUAGAACUGUCAAGUAAACCUAUUUUAAGGCUCUAUGAGGAUUUGUGAAUACGGGCUUUAGUUUUUACACAAUGAUGAUCAUUGAUUUCUUUUCAGUUCUAGACUGGAUUUGUUGCAGUUAAUAAUAUAUAUAUAUUUUGUUUUAUUUGAGUUUUAUGUUUAUAAGCUAAGUAGCAAUUCUUCCAAUCGAUAUAUAAACAAAUAUUGUUUUCCAUUCUGUAUGAAAAAAAAAAAAAAGAAAUUGUGACCACAUUCCAGUCUCAAAAAUGAUUACUCUAUACUUAAAUCCUUUCUUUUCUAAACUUGUUUUGUUUCUCUUCUGAGAUUUGUAUUUCGUCUUUUUUACAAUGAUAAUAAAAAACAAACUAAAUUAGAAAGUAACAAAA